CACGUCCAUUUAGAAUUCGAUCUCGUGGUGUUAAGCAGCGUAAGGGAACAAGAUCAAUGAAAUUAUCUUCAUUAAAUAGUUGUCCCACUCGAAGGUCCAAACGAGUUAUAAAGGCUCCUCGCCGUCCAUAUGAUGACUUUGAAAAGUCUCAAUACUAUAAUUAUGAAUUAGAUGAUGAAUCAAAAAUAUUGAUUUUUGAUGAAAGGGAAGGAAAUUUCAGUUCCAGUGCUCGAUCUAAUAUGAUGGAACGUUACAGUCGCCAUUCAACAAAUAGUCAGUCAGAUAUUGAUUCAGAAAGAGCUGAGAAAUCUAUGGAUAUUGAGAAUAGUCGAUAUCGCUAUCAUAAUCAUUACCAAUCAUUAAAACGCGCUCAUCAACCUAUUUCCAGCUUUAAUUCUGACUCAUAUCAAACUAGAUUUCACUUCAUGGGAAAUGAUCUUUAA